AAAAAAAAACAAGAGAAGAAGAAAUCAGCCGUCAGUCUCCCCUACACGUGCUUGAAACGCGGUGGGGCCACUACAGCUGGUGACCCGUAAACAGACAUAAAUAGACAAAGUUACGGAGAUAUAAACCACCUGUCAAUCAGCCUUCGACGCCAGUUUCUCUUUAGGCGCUAGUCGUUAUAUGCCACUAUGAAGUACAUCCUGGUUACUGGUGGUGUAAUAUCCGGCAUUGGUAAGGGCAUCAUUGCCAGCAGCGUGGGAACAAUCCUCAAGUCCUGCGGCCUUCAUGUCACAGCCAUCAAAAUCGAUCCUUAUAUCAAUAUCGAUGCCGGGACCUUUUCACCUUAUGAACAUGGUGAAGUUUUUGUUCUUGAUGAUGGUGGGGAGGUGGAUUUGGACUUGGGAAACUAUGAGCGUUUCCUGGACAUCCGUCUGACCAAAGACAAUAACCUCACCACAGGAAAGAUCUACCAAUGGGUAAUCAACAAGGAGAGGAGGGGAGACUACCUGGGCAAAACUGUGCAAGUGGUGCCCCACAUCACAGAUGCCAUCCAGGAGUGGGUGAUGAAGCAGGCCGGGAUCUCAGUAGAUGAUGAUGGUGUGGAGCCUCAAGUUUGUGUCAUAGAGCUGGGAGGCACAGUGGGGGACAUUGAGAGCAUGCCCUUCAUUGAGGCCUUCAGACAGUUCCAGUUCAAGGUGAAGAGGGAGAACUUCUGCAACAUCCAUGUCAGCCUUGUACCACAGCCCAAUACCACAGGAGAGCAGAAAACUAAACCAACCCAGAACAGUGUGCGAGAGCUCAGAGGUCUGGGCUUGUCUCCAGAUUUGAUUAUGUGCCGCUGUUCAACGCCACUAGAAACGGCCGUAAAGGAGAAGAUCUCCAUGUUUUGUCACGUGGAGCCCACACAGGUGAUCUGUGUCCAUGAUGUCUCUUCAGUCUACAGAGUGCCCCUGCUGCUGGAGGACCAGGGUGUCGUGAGCUACUUCUGUCACCGGCUGAACCUGCCUAUCGAAAUGAGGCCGAGAAAGAUGCUCACAAAGUGGAAGGAGAUGGCUGACAGAUCUGACCGUCUCCUGGAGCAUGUUUCUAUCGCCCUAGUGGGAAAGUACACAAAGUUAUCAGACUCCUACACCUCUGUUAUCAAGGCCCUAGAGCACUCAGCCCUCGCCAUUAAUCAUAAACUAGAGGUCAAGUACAUAGAUUCUGCAGACCUGGAGACUACCACUCUGCAAGAUGAGCCAGUGAAAUAUCACGAGGCAUGGCAAAAACUCUGCAGUGCACAUGGUGUGUUGGUACCAGGAGGUUUUGGUGUGAGAGGGACAGAAGGCAAGAUGAUGGCUAUUAACUGGGCGAGGAAACAAAAGAAGCCAUUUCUUGGGGUAUGUUUGGGCAUGCAGCUGGCAGUGUGCGAGUUCGCCCGCAACGUUCUUGGAUGGGAAGAUGCGAACUCCACAGAAUUUAAUCCUGAAUCCAAACACCCAGUGGUGAUUGACAUGCCAGAACACAACCCCGGGCAGAUGGGUGGGACUAUGAGGUUGGGGAAGAGGAGAACCAUUUUCAAAUCCAGCAACAGUGUACUGAGAAAACUGUAUGGAGAUGUGGAAUAUGUUGAAGAGAGGCACAGACACAGAUUUGAGGUGAACCCUGAGCUGAAGCACCACUUUGAAGUGAAAGGUCUUCAGUUUGUCGGCCAGGAUGUGGAAGGAGAGAGAAUGGAGGUCAUUGAAUUGGAGGAUCAUUGUUACUUUGUUGGAGUGCAGUAUCAUCCAGAGUUCGCCUCCAGGCCCAUCAAACCUUCUCCUCCAUACCUCGGACUCCUGCUGGCUUCUGCCGGAAAACUCCAGAACUACAUGGCCAAAGGCUGUCGCCUUUCUCCACGGGACACUUACAGUGACCGCAGUGGCAGCAGCUCUCCUGAAGCUGACAUCUCAGAGCUGAAGUUCCCCUCUUUGUGAUGAGACUCAAGUGUUUGUGUCACUCAUGCAGAUAAAUGCAAGGUCUGGGAAGAAAUACUGGGCUGCACGUUAACUGACUCUGUAAAACCAAAAAUUGUUUAAAACUGUUUUUACACUCUGGUUGUUAUAAUAUAUUGUUAAUAAUUUAUACUCUAAAUAUAUUCAGCGAUUGUAUAAAGCUGAAGGGGCAUCCCGUUAACUCUGUUGGUUCAUUAGACUUAAAGCUAGGGUAGGCAAUUUAUUUUAGAAGCAUUUUUUUGUUAUAUUUGUUGAAAUUACAUCCUGACGGCAAUCAAUAAAUCAAAUGCUCUGGCAAAAAAAGAGAAAAAUCCAGUAUCUUUGGCUGUCUCAAGCCCGUCCAAUCAUUUCAUUCAGCCCACUUGAAAUGAUCUGAUGGCCUAUCUGCCUACUUACCUACUGCCUAUCUACCCACGCUCUGCUCAUCUCUUUUAUUGUCCAACUCCAAAACCUGCUCAGUCAUCAGCCCGUCAGCAGCACCAGGGUGCAGAGACUGGUCAGUAUCUGACCCAAAGCCGCAGUGAUGCAUAAAAAUCUAUCACCGCUUUCCACUUCUGGGAGCAGAGUUCAUUUCCACUGAAAGUCUCUCGCUCUAGUGUUGAUAAGGUUAUGCGCUGUUCAGUUUUGCCUGCACUACAGACAAUAGUCUUGUGAUCACACUUUGCUUUUCAUUUUGCUUUAUUGAUAUUCUCGUCUUUUUUUUUUCUAUCCUUCUGCAGUUCAUGCAGUCCCGUCACAACCUAUCUGUCAAUGUCCCACUGCUCACCUGGCCUCCAAACUUUCUGUUGUGUGAGUGAAUGCAGUAGUAAACUGUUAAACUAUUGUGUUGCGUGCAUGUAUGAAGCACGUGCAUAUGUUUAUGCUCGUCUGGUGGAGGGAAAACUGCCUACCCCAGCUUUAAUGCAAUAAGUAAAACCAGGAUAAAAUGUUUGUGGGGGAAUUACGGACAUUGUUGAAGAUCUGUAAAGAAAACUUUUGUAGAAUGAAAAUAACAGAAUAGGGUGAGAGGAAGACCCUAUCAAUAUACAGUAUGUGCAAUGUCUUUUAUUUGUAAGGUACAGAUGAUUUGGCAACAUUAUGAGGAGAUGUACAGUGUAUUUUGCAGUAAAAAUAGCAAUGGUGACAAAGUGAAUCAGGGUCUGUGCAAUCAGGUUUCUCAUUAGGGCGAACCAGUCCAAUGCUUAACAGUAUGGAAAUCCUGAUAAGAAACCCCAUACAGUUUUUUGAGACUUGUGUUGUCACAAUUUUGCUUGUGUGUCGUGACAGACUAUCAUUGGUACAUUUACCUCUUUUAAAUGCUUGUUAUUGUCUUACAAAUUAAUUUUAUGACAUUUUGAGUGUGUGUGUAUAUAUACAUAUACAUAUAUAUAAAUGUAUUUCUCCUUUAAAAUUUAAUACAAGUUAACUUAUAACACUCAUUCAGGGUUACUUCACAAGUGUGUAAACAACAUUUGACUCUGGUUUCAAAUAAUGUUGCAUUGCAUGCAUAUCUUUACAAGCAUGAGAUAAAACUAAGUCACAGUCAUGCUUUUGUAACUGGGUUAUUUAUGGGGUUUUUUCUGUUGUAAUAAUGUAAAUUGUUAAAGUUUUGUCAAUAUAACAAAGAUAAUUGGUUUUAAUCUCUACGUUAAAGUUAUUAUUGCAAACUUGUGCACUUUGAGAUGUUUUAACGCUUUGAACCUGAACUUUUUCAGGUUGCAUGACUUUAAUGUUUGAGACCUUUUACCUGCUGACAUCAACAAUGAAAGUUAGCUGAAAUAAAUGGACCAAGCUAAUGUUU